CACACACACAGUUUGCACACACACACACAGCUCGUCGUCACAAGUCAAACGAGCAGCAGCAUCAGGGCGGACUGUGUUUACUCUGUGUUAGCACAGAGUUAGCUGCAUGUUUUGCGGCUUCAUGCCGUGAAGACGCUUGUGAGACUAUGUCAGGCAGCUGAUAGCAGACAGAGAGAGGAGCAGGAAGACCCCACGUCCAAGAUCUGGGUGUGAACAAUGUCUCUCCUGCUGGUGUCUUUCCUUUUAAUCCUCCUGCUUGGGAUCGUGCUGCUAUGUGUCAUUUUCAGGUGGCUCGUGCGAUUCUUCCAGACGGCGCUCAACGCGGAGCUGAAGAUCAAAUCAGUCGGGCUGUUUUCUGUCCAAGGAGUCAGUAUCCAGUUUCACCCACAGCACACUCUGGAAAUUGACAGAAUAUGGAUUUCAAGUAAACUUCUAAACCAGGAUUUACCGAGAUACCUGGCGCUGUGUGUCGGCGAAACCAGAAUUAGGUUUGACUUGCAAGCACCGCUCGGACCUUUGGUGAAAAAGAGCGAAGGAAAGAAGCAUGGGAAGAUUACAGUCAGCCCAACAACGCUACGCUUUCUGUCGCAACUGCUGUCUUUUCACGUCAGCUCGAUCAAUGUGAUGGUGCUGAACAUCGCGCUGUCAGAGUCUCUCUGGCACAUGACUAUCGCAGGCAUCACCUUGUUACUAGACCACCAGAGUAAAAGGCUGGCGUGGGACUUCUCAGUCGGGCAGCUCAGCAGCAAAGUGCUCAAAAGCAGUCAGUUGGAUAUAUGUUUGGCUGAAGUGGCUCUGAGUCUGCUGCUGUCUGGAGAUGUGAGCCUACCAGAGAUGAAGCCAGGUUGUUUGUCCCUGAGUGUGAGGACGCUUAUAGCAGAGCUGCAUGAAGGACUGUUUCUCAGCCAACUCCUGCUGCCCCCGUCUCCCAAAAAGAGCAUUCAAGAUGCAUCUGAGUGUGAAAUUACAGAGUUUAUCCAGACUGAGACUGUGGAGCGGUUUCAUCAGCUCAUUCCCCACAAGGUCAAUGUGGAAUUUGAUAACACAAAUGUAACCCUGUCCAUGCACAGCCAGAAAAGACACCUGAACUGGACUCUGAAGUCUUUAAAAGUCGCCUACGGACGUGACGAUGAGCAGCUUCCUCUGAAGAGCUUCACUCCUGAGCUGAACUUUCCCCAGAGCAGCCUGGAGCUCCUUCUAGAGGACGGACUUCUCCUCUCUCAAAGUCGACAAAGAAUCCUUUGUGUGAACACUCUGAAGACAACGCUGCAGGUUACAUCAAUUGACAUCGCAGGCUCAUUCACAGUCAACACAUGCAUCAUCCACUACCGUCACCAGGAGUUCUCACAUUGGCUGAAUCUAUUUCCAUGGGAACAGCUAAUCCACAGGAAGGCAGCGCACAGAAAAAGUCCAUUAGAUUAUUUGCCCACCCUCCUUUUCCUCAGGCGCCUCCCUCACCUCGACGCCCCCGUGAUGAUCACGUCCUCCGUGUCCAACGUCAACGUGUCCGUUCAGCUGGGAGACACGACGCCUUUUGCUCUGGGUUUCCUCUCUGCCAGUGCAGAGCUGCAGCAUCUCCUCGACAUUAAAGACGACAUAGAGAGCCCGGAGUCUCAGAAUGUGCACCAGCGUGCCUCGCUGUCCUUGGACAACUUCUGGUGGAGAGUCGGUCAGGGGUCUCAUAUCCAACAAGCACCCCACCCUCCUGGCAAACAUGUGUGGGGAGAGGCGCUAAUUUUAGACUCGCUGAGUCUUCAGGGCAGUUUCAACCGACCGCACACGGAGCCGAGCAGCCAGUCUCCGAGUUUGAGCGUGGAGUCCAGUCUGAAAGGGCUUCAAGUGGAGCUCUCAGAGACAUGUGCGCUGUGUCUGUCUCGCCUGCUGUCCCUCAUCUGCGUCCCUCCUCGUGACACGGGACCACAGCUGUCAGACGUGGCCUCAGUGUCUCCCCCUAGUGACGAUGCCAUCCAACCCACCCCUUCCUCACAGCUACACCUGCUGUUUAAACUGGACUGUUGUCUGGAGGAUGUUAAUGUGUUCACACUGUCUAAUCUGGCAGGAGCCGUGGCUUUGCGGACGGACACCGUCAGAGUCAUGAGCUCUGCAGAAAGCUCCACAGUGUCUCUUCAAGGUGUUAGCUUGUCUGCGAUCAAAACACUCACAGAGAACAUGGAGUCAUGUUGCCCCGCCUCCCAAAUCCCCAGCCCUGUGCUCAAACUCACCGAGAUAACCUUUGCCUACCACAUCACCACACACACCGUACAGGUUCGGUGUGAACAGGAGCUCACUGUUGAGUGGACGCCGCCGGACCACAUGGUCUUAUAUCAGCACCUGACUGAAGCUCAGGCGUGUUGGCGUAUGCUCUGCGGAGAGAAAGGGGAGGACAGUCCGGUCAAACCUCCAGAGGGUGAAGUCAUCUCAGGGCAGAGUAGAGAGCUAUGUGUGCGCGUCGAACUGGGCUGCACUCGUCUGACGGCCCAUGUUAGCGAGCUGAAUUACAUCCUCCUGCAGACAGAGGCCCUUUCUGUCUCCAAGCAUGCUGGCUCCAUCCGCAUGCAUGCGCCCUCCAUGAUCUUCAACUUUGAUGGCAACAACAUCGUCACCUUUAACAGUUUAGAUGUUGAAAUGCACACAGAGCUGACAGAGAUGCAGCUGCACAGAGACACCUUCCCCUUCCUCACAACUCCUCACAACCGGGUCUGGGUCCUCACUUGCCCCUCCAUGGCUGUUGAAUUCCCGUACCAGUACAACUUCUCAAACACCUUCGACAUGGCCAUUAGUGUGCAGAAGUGGCUGAAGACACUGCAUCGCUCCCCAAGCCAAGCCACGACCGUCCAACGCCUGCCUCCCGACCUCGUGUUCAAAAUCAGCCAGUUCUCCUUCGUCUUCCUGGACGACAUCUUUGAAAUCAAGCUGCGGGACAACUACGAGCUAAUGAAGGAUGAGAGCAAGGAAAGUGCGAAACGUCUUCAGCUUCUGGACAAGAAGGUGGCAGAUCUACGCAAGCAGCACGGAGAACUUCUCCCCGCCAGAAAGAUCGAAGAGCUGUACAGUUCCCUGGAGAAAAAGCACAUCGAGAUCUACAUCCAGCGCUCGCGCCGCCUCUACGCCAACACACCCAUGAGGAAGUCGCUGCUGACCUGGACGGUGUCUGACCUGGAGCUCGUCUUCCUGGCUGAUCAGUCCCUUCAUGGACCAGAGAGGGUGAGAGAGCAGCUGAGGGACAUCGACGGGAUCAGUCCCUUCCCCAGAGAUGGACUCCCUCUGGUGGUGCAGUGGUGCCGUGCCGUAAAGUUUAAACUGGCUGCAUUUUUGGUGAGAAUUCGGGAUUACCCUCGCUACCUGUUUGAAAUCCGGGACUGGGCGCUGUCAGGACGUCUGAUUGGGACCGAGCAGGACGGACAGGCCAGGGCUCAUCGUAAAGAGAUCGUCCCACUUGGUGCACCAUGGGGAGACGUGACUGUCCACAGGAACAUGCCACCUCUCAAGUUUUACUAUGAUUUCAAAUCCAACAUAAAUCUGUACACCAUCGUGUGGGGGCCAUGUUGGGACCCUGCCUGGACUUUGAUUGGCCAGUCCGUUGACCUGCUGACCAAACCCACAGUUGAUCCGUCACCUCCUCUGGCCUGGUGGGACAAAAGUCGUCUCCUUAUGCACGGGCGCUGGGUUAUGGACAUUGAUCAGGCCAAUCUUCAUCAGCUGGCCACAGAGGACCCGUACAACACCACAGAAAACAUGCACUGGGAGUGGAAUAAGCUGAACUUUGACUGGAACCCGGGGCAGUUUGUAUUUAAAGGAGAUCUGGAUGUGAACGUCAGGACAGCAUCAAAGUAUGAUGAUAUCUGUUUUCUACACCUGCCCAACCUCUGUAUGACCCUUGACCUCCAAUGGCUUUGCCAUGGCAACCCCCAUGACCACCAUGCUGUAAUGCUCUGCUGUGCGGAGAACGUUGCAGACGUAACCUCAGGACAACCUCAUGACUCCUACAGAGCCUUUCGCUCCGAGAACCUCAACCUCUCCAUCACCAUGGACCUUAACCAGCACUGUGGCACAGAAGCCUCCCAGCCCAGAAUCCUGCUGUACAGCAGCACCCUGCGCUGGAUGCAGAACUUUUGGGCGACCUGGACGGGCGUAUCUCGACCGAUCUGCAGAGGAAAGCUCUUCCACUGCCUCAGGCCUGUCCGCAAGAAGCUGGGUCAGCACUACAAACAGAUGUCCUACACAGCCUCCUUCCCACAACUACAAGUGCAUUACUGGGCCUCCUUCGCGCAGCAGAGAGGUAUCCAAGUUGAGUGUAACAAAGGCCACGUCUUCACUCGAGGGGCUCAGAGGCUUAUCCCACAAGCUGGCACUGUGAUGAGGAGGCUGAUCUCUGAAUGGAACGUGACCCAGAUGGUUAGUGAGCUAUCUCAGGUGACGGUUCACCUCAUGGCCUCCACCUGGGACGAAACAGCCGACCACCAGCUCAACGCUCAGGUGAAGAAGACUCACCUGCUCAGCCUGUCCUCCCUGAGUUAUCAGCGACAGAGCAACCGCAUGGAGGAGGUAAACCCCUCAGAGGAGGUGAACCAGAAGGAUGAGACAAAUGCUUCUUACACUCACAAACUGCGCCUGGUGGACCUGCGUGCAUCCUGGACCACCACUAACAGGAACAUCGCCUUCGGGCUGUACGACGGUUAUAAAAAGGCCUCUGUGCUGAAGAGAAACCUCUCCACCGAAGCUCUGAAGGGUCUGAGGAUCGACACGCAGCUGCAGACCAAGAAGCUCAAACGCUCUCCUUCCAACUACUCUCCAACGACGGCUCCGACUACACCGGUGAUGCCCACCGUCAAUCGAGCAGAAAAAAGUCAAAAUGAAGGAACGUCGAUGCUGCAGAAACUGAUUGAGGAAACGGAUAAGUUUGUGGUGUUUUCAGAGGAGGACUCAGGUGUCAGCGAUCAGCUAUGCGGUAUCGCAGCCUGUCAGACCGAUGACGUCUACAACCGCAACUGGUUUAUCGAGCUGGUCAACUGUCAGAUGAUGUUACGUGGCACAGAGACCGCCGGCUGUGUGCUGGUGUCCGCAGCAAAGGCUCAGCUGCUGCAGUGUGAGCAUCACCCGGCCUGGUACAACGACACCCUGAAGCAGAAAACCACCUGGACCUGUCUGCUGGACGGCAUGCAGUACUUUGCCACCAUGGAGCCCAACCCGUCUGAGCAAGAGGACAGGCAGCUGUGGCUGGAGGUGAAAAACAUCGAGGAGCACCGGCAGCGUAACGUCGACUCUGUGCUGGAGCUGAUGGAGAGUGGCCAGGCUGUGGGAGGAAUGGUUAGCACCACGACAGACUGGAACCAGCCGGCCCAGGUGAACGAGGCUCAGCAGGUUCAGCGUAUCAUCUCACGUUGUAGCUGUCGGAUGCACUACAUCAGUUACAGUCAUGACAUCAACCCAGAGGUGGCCACGCAGAUCAAACCACCCGAGCUGAGAAACAACCACGAGAAGGAAGACCUGCUGAAAAAACAGGCCGGAGCUGUGGACACGUUCACCCUCAUUCACCACGACCUGGAGAUUUCCACUAACCCUGUUCAGUACGCGAUGAUCCUGGACAUCGUCAACAACCUGUUGUUACACGUCGAGCCCAGACGCAAGGAGCACAGUGAGAAAAAGCAGCGCGUGCGUUUCCAGCUGGAAAUUUCUAGUAACCCUGAGGAGCAGCGCAGCAGCAUCCUGCACCUCCAGGAGGCCGUCAGGCAGCACCUCGCCCAGAUUAGACGGCUCGAGAAACAGAUUUACUCCAACAUCAGGGCACAGCCAGAGGAGCUGAGCGUCGAUGACUUGAUGGAGAUCAACACCAGACUGCAGAACCAGCUGAACCAGGAGAAGAACGACAUGCAGAUGAAGAGCGAAGAGCUCAACAUCCUCAUCAGGUGUUUUAAGGACUUCCAGCUGCAAAGGGCGAACAAGCUGGAGCUGCGUAAGCCCCCAGAGGACGUCAGCGUGGCGAGGAGAACCGAGAUCUACUUCGCGCAGGCGCGCUGGUGUUUGACCGAGGAGGACGGCCAGCUUGGCAUCGCUGAGUUGGAGCUGCAGAGAUUCAUGUACAGUAAGCUGAAUAAGUCCGAUGACACAGCAGAGCAUCUUCUGGAGUUGGGCUGGUUCACGAUGAACAACCUGCUGCCCAACGCAGCGUACAAGCGUGUGAGGGUCGUCCUCCGUCCUCAGAGUAACUGCCAGCUGGGACGCCAGUUUGCUCUGCGCAUCUUCAGUAAAGUGCGCCCCCCUGUGGGAGGAAUCUCCGUGAAGGAACACUUUGAGGUGAACGUGGUGCCUCUCACCAUCCAGCUCAUGUACCAGUUCUUCAAGAGGAUGAUGGGAUUUUUCUUCCCGGGAAGAAAUGUCGAGGAGGAGGAGGUCACAGACGAGGAAGACAAGUUUAGAUUGGUUACCACAGGUAUCCCUGUCAAGCCUCGGCAGUUGUCAGAGGACACCAUGGGAGCGAUGGGCCCCAGCAAAGGCGUCGCCCAGGGACUGAACCGCACUGCGGGGGUCAGGAGGUCAUUCAGGAAACCUCCAGAGCAGCAUCCUGUUGAUGACAUUGAUAAGAUGAAGGAGCGAGCUGCUAUGAACAACUCCUUCAUCUACAUUAAGAUUCCCCAAGUGCCCCUGUGUGUCAGCUAUAAGGGAGAAAAGAGCAGUGUGGACUGGAAGGACCUGAACCUGGUUCUGCCCUGUUUGGAGUAUCACAACAACACCUGGACGUGGCUCGACUUUGCCAUGGCUGUGAAAAGAGACAGCCGGAAAGCGCUUGUAGCACAGAUGAUAAAGGAGAAGCUGCGUCUGAAGCCGGCGUCGGGCUCGGACCUGCGAGGCAAAUCGUCCGAAGGGAAGUCCGACAACAGCCUGCAGCAGCAGGAGGAAGACGAGAAGGCACGCCUCCUCAUCGGCCUCAGCAGCGCUGACAAGAGCUCCGGCAAGAAGAGCAUCUUCAGCCGCCGCAAGUGAAGCAACGAAACACUCGCACAUUCACACCACGUCAGACUGGACCACGCGAGCACCUCGGAGGGGUCAGGAUAUCAGUCUGUCUUUGUGAAUCUCAAUGAAAAAGGGAGGUGGUGGAGCAUUUUAAUCACUUACUGUAUCAUACGAGCCUGCUGAACCUAAAGUCUGGAGUUUUUGUGUUUUUGAAAAAUCCUCCUCGUGUCUCAGAUUUCAGAUUUAUGGCUAAAAUCCCUCCAGGAUUACCAGGGUGCCAUUUUGACCAAAUAUAUAUUAUUGUUUUAUUUGUGUGCCAUUUAGAAAAUCACUCUGCAUUUCAUUUCAUACACCACAACAACAACGACCACUUAACGUUGCAUUGAAUGUAGCGAGGAUGACUUACAGUAUGUAGCUAGCACUUUCCUCUGCAAGACACACGAGAGCACCUUUUCCUGCUGGCUCAGGAACACUGUACGUCAAACGUGUUAACGUCUGCUAGAAUAAAACAGGACUCAGUUGAAGGCACCUUCGAUGCUGCCCGCUGUAAAGAGAAGAAAAUAGAUUUUUAAAUGCCAUAAAUAAAUAUAUCAGAUAUGUUUUAUCAGCUUAAAUAAGUCGGCUGUAUGACUGUCACACUGACAGGAAGGCCUUCACCCUUCGUCUAGCCGUGCCUCACCCCUGUGCUUUCUAUCAAGAACAGCAGCAAAGAUGUGUUAAUGUGUAAACGUGGCACUUGGUUUGAUGGUAUUGUGGCAAAAAAAUAGAAAAACAAACAAAUUGCAGCUAAUCGCUGAGUGUAUGUUUUGUAAUUUUAUUACUAAAGCACUUUUUUUAUGCAAAGUAUUUUGAUAUUUUUGUAACCACGGUUGUUUUUCUGUUGAAUUACUUAAAUUCUGUUAAACCUGUUAUUAAGAAGAAGAAGAAGUAGAAGAGGAAAAUGGCCCUGAACAUUUCAAUUAAAAUCGGAUCAUAUCGCAAAAAGAAAAAGCAGAUGUAUUCACAUUUCUAUCAGCUCUGUGGCUUAUUGUUUAUCUGUUAAUAAAAGUGUUAUAGUCUCUAA